UCUACGCUCUCGUGCCCGCCCAUCUUCUUGUCGCCGCCGCCGCUCGACGCGUGUUUUGGACCACCACUCCGACCACCACCACCACCUCACAUAAUCGCAAUGGCCGCCGCCCAUACUAAAGCGCCUGCCAUAGGCUCUGCGCAAUGGAUGCUCGAAGAGCGCCACCAGGCCAACGACCUCGUCUCCCAGGAAUUGGAAGACUUUGGCUUCUCUGUGCGCAACGAGCUCGACUGGCUCAACGAACACAUGUGCGAGAUAUUCGCGCAAAAUGGACAAAACAACCUAGAUGUCUUCAAGACGCCCGGAAAGCUACGCGGCAAGACGCCUCGCACCGCGCGCAAAAUGCCCGUUGAGCCCCGACAGCCGCUGGCCGAUCUCGUGGGCACCAACUCGCACACACCGCUUAGCCCGGCUGAGCAGAGCCUAAAGGGCACUUUACACAAACACACCGCCAAGCCGAAAUUCCACGUUGCUGAAGACAGCGAAAAUGUCUCUCCAGCGCGCACCUCACCACAAAAAUCGCCCAAACGCCAGUCAAUAUUCGGGGGUUAUCUCCACAAAGGCAAGGAGAAUGAUCAUGCCAGCUUCGCUUUCUCCAGUAGUUAUCGCGCGUCUCCCGACCGCCGCCCCGGCACUGCCAACACCAAUGCUUUGUCGGCUCCCUUUAGCCCUAUCCAUUCCACUCAAGAUACCGCCAUGUCCGACGAGGAUCACAACGAUAUCUUCUCGCAGCCAGCCACACAAUCUACACAACCAACACAAUCUUUCCGUCAGUCCAUAGAUAUGUCGGACGAGCGACGCGACACUGGAGAAUCAUUCGUGUCAGCCAAAGAAGCCUUGACAAGCAAGCGCGCAUCCCAAGAAGAUCCGCGCACCGCGUAUGAAGCGGAUGCGAUGGAGGUAGACGACGACAAGGUUGAUGCUACGAACUCCAACAGCCAGGGCACAGUUGUUCGGCAUGAUCUAGAGUCGAGUCAAGAAGAUGACGAUGCAGUGGCCCCGGAAAUUCUUGACUUCCCCCAGCCACCCCAAAUCCCAUCAGAAGAUUACAAUGUAUCGGCUGAGACGCAGGGCGCGCUCAACACCGCGAACGAGCGCGCUUUCUCACCCGACCCCAAGGUCCUCGCCCGCACGUCUCUUUCACCUGAAGUUCCUGCGCCCGCAGUUGCCAACGACGAUCAACACGACGAUACCGUUGUGCAUCAUGACCUGGAUGACCAAAUGGAGAUUGAUGAGGACGUGCGGUCCCCAUCAGACAAGUCAAGUCCAGUCAAGCCUCUUCGAAAGAAGAGUAGUCUUACAUUUUCGGCUCUACCAGCCCGCCAACCAUUGCAAUCAAAGAAGAGUACUGGUGAGCGCCUUUCGCGCACCAGCCACUUUGACCAGAACAAGGCUCGCCCCAGCAAUCUCGGUCGCUUCACAGGUGGGAAAAGCCUGGGAGGUUCUCAAUUGCAGCAACCCGAGUCUUACCAUGAAGAAAACAUGGAUGUGGACAUGGAUGAGGAACGGCCGGAGCUUCGACGUGAAGAGUCAGAGACGACGAAGAUUCACAACAAGACUUCAUCGCAGCGACUCCUCGAGCGCAUCAACAUGCUUAAGCAGCCGAAUGAACCACCAAAGCGAACCAGCCAGAACGUCAUGUCUGCACACGCAAUCCAGGCUUCGAGCUUUACAUCCUCACAACAAUCCCAACCCAAAGAGGCAUUGCAAACCUCACAAACCUCGCAGACUGAAUCGUUGACACAGACAUCACAGCCAGUAUAUCCUAGUCUUCCAGUUCCAGAACCGAUGCCAAUUGACCAAGAUGAUGUUGAUGACGACGACGACUGGAUCUCGCCAAUCAGGACUACGGCUCCAGCCCCUACACGUCCGCCUUUUGGAAAAAGUUACUCUGCCGACACGCGAUCUGCCCCAGUAUCUACAGCAACAGCCAAACCCAUAUCGGUCUCGAACCCAACAGACCUCUCGACAGUUGUGGAGUCCACCACUCCGGCUGGCUCCCCAACUGCUCUCCGUGCCGCAAAGGAAAAGAUCAUCGGGUCCAGUGCGGCCAGUGCUCAAGUCAAAAUAGAUGCUCUGAGCGAUAGUCCUGUCCGACCAAAAUUUCAACCACAGCCUUCCAGCGACGAUGUAUUCAGCAGCAGCCCCAAACGCAAUGAAAAGGCAGGACCGUCAAUAUUCUCCCAUCUUCGUUCGCCCUCGAAAGAGUCUCUCAAAUCGAACAAGUCGAGAGUGGCUGCUACACCCGGUAGCCCUACUAAGGAAGAUAGCCGGCGAACUCGUAGCUCUUCCGAGCGAGAUCGUGUGAAGGAAAAGGAGGUGCGAGAGAAAGAGAUGAAGAAGAAACAGCGCACAGAGGAUAAACUCCGUGAAAUGCGCGAAAAAGAGCAGUCAAAGGCUGCCGCACAGUACCAAAAGUCAAAGGCCGCAUCCUCAAAGACUCCAGCGCCUAUGAGUUCCUCGCAAAGCUUAAAACAAGCUGCAGCCGCGGCCGCGACCAAGACGCCCGUCACGAAUGUGCAGCAGAGCCAGUCUCGGCCGGCACCGGUCCGAACGAACACCGGUCCCAAAGCGCACGAUGGUGAUUCAGCAGAGGAUAUGCCUCCACCUCCGCCACCUAAGAGCUUCCUUCCUACAACUGGUCACAAGUUGAGGGAACCGAAGAAGCUCACCAAGAACCCCAGUAAACCCGAGUUGGCCAAGAACAAUCCUCCUCAGAAGAUCAGGGUCAAUCUUAAAGGCAGCCGAUAUGGUCCAGCCCCCCCAGCGGCUUCGAGACCUGAGCCUGUUGCUAGUGCACCUGUCGCCCCCAAACCAGCGCCUCAACCUGCGCGACAGGCUCCCAGCUCAAGACCGGCCACUGCUGCGUCCAACAGGGCACCAUCGGCCCUAGGAAAACCGGUCGCGGCCUCUAAGCCAACAGCAGGCUAUUCCAAGUCUGCUCCCCGCACAGCUCGACCACAACCGACGAAAGCGGUAGAAAAACCACUUGAAAAGCCCAAGGCACCUGCGGCUCAACCUCGUUCCGAUCUGGCUUCUGCUCGACCUGUAGAGCGCAUGCAAACCGUAGGACAGAGUAUCGUUGCCGGUGUCAGUCGUAUUAAUGUACCACCGGUCAAUACCGCUAAGCCGCCAGUCAAGCGUCCAUUCCAGGCCGAGAACAAUGACGAAGGCCUCCUCCGCCCUGCCAAACGUCCGUCGCAACAAGCAAAGAUGAACCCAGUUACGCCUGCACACGCACAGUUCGGGAAGGGCAAGAUUCCUUUCGCUGAAUCUUCCCAGUCUGCACAGAAGCCUCAAAUGCAGUUCCAGAAUGGUGAUGAUAUCGAGCUACCCGCCUGUCUUGACUCUGACGAAGACUCCGAUUCCGAGGCAGACCCCUUCGAGCAGCCAAGCUGGGUUGACACUCCAAAUCUCCGUGAGCUUUUGACACAGCAACAGCUGGUUGACCCAGAGGCAAUCUUUGGUCCGAUUGCGCCCUUGAACAUGGAGCAAAUGUUCCCUGACCGCGAGAGACAUAAGAAGUUCCGCCAGCGAACCAGUUCCGCCUACUGGGUUAACGAUCAAGUCACCGACGAGGAGAGACGAAAGGAACGCGAGGCUCGCGAACGUUUAGUCAGAGAAGGUGCUUGGACAUACAAUCCCUCUCCACGUCCUACACCACGACCAGGCCUAUAG